AUGAAGGAAUUCGAAGACUACUCAAAGUCUCUUGAUGGUAUCGAUACUGUUUAUAGAAAGACAGCUAUUGCCCACGGUACAAAGGAUGCAAUCAUCACAUUAAUCGCAAAUAUGGUUACAGUUUGCGUUCUUUACAUGGUUACAUAUCUUAUUAUCAAGCGCCCAACAAGAGGUGUCAAAUCUGGCGAUGCUAUGACAAUCAUGAUGUAUCUUAUGAUGGCUACAAUGGGUAUUACACAGGCAUUCGCUUCCGUUGAAGAUUACAGAAACGCUAACACAUCAGCUGCCAAGAUUCUUGAGAUCAUCAACCUCAAACCAGAUAUCGAUAGACACGCUGGUAACGAACUCAAGGAAGUUAAGGGCAAAAUUGAGUUCCGUGAUGUUAGCUUCAAGUAUGCUUCUCGCGACCAAUGGGCUGUUAGACACCUUUCCUUCACAAUUGAACCAGGUGAGACAGUUGCUCUUGUUGGUGAAUCAGGCUGCGGUAAGACAACAACAUUAUCACUUCUCCAGAGAUUCUACGAAAUCGUUGAAGGCCAGAUCCUCUUAGAUGAUGUUGACAUCACUUCUUUAUCUCCUGUUUUCCUUAGAUCCCAGAUUUCUAUUGUUCCACAGACACCAGUUCUCUUCACAAUGUCAAUUGCUGAUAACAUCCGCUAUGGUCGUCCAAAGGCUACAGAUGAUGAAAUUGCUAAGGCUGCAGAAGUUGGUAAUGCACACAAUUUCAUCAUGACAAUUAAGAAUAACUAUAAGGAAGAAGUUCAGCAGACAUCCCUUUCUGGUGGCCAGAAGCAAAGAAUUUGCAUUUCUCGUGCUAUUUUGGCUGAUGCUCCAAUUCUUCUUUUGGAUGAAGCUACAGCUGCUCUUGAUACUGAAUCUGAACAAUUCGUCCAGCAGUCCCUUGAAAGAGUUAGAAAAGGAAAGACUGCUAUCGUUGUUGCUCAUAGACUUGCUACUGUUAAGAAUGCUGAUAGAAUUUUAGUUUUCCAGAAUGGUGCAAUUGCCGAAUCAGGCAAGCACGAUGAGUUAGUCGCUCAGGGUGGAAUCUAUGCUAACUUAGUCAAGUUCCAGCUCCAGUAA